AAUUUAAGCCAAGGCAGUGCAUAUUUACACUCUGGACCCGGCUCCGUGUAUUAUUUUUAUCAUUUAUUAUUCUUAUUUUCAUACAUACCUAGGUACCAUACCAACAACAUUGACAUUGAACCUACACACUUGAAUCUUCUACUACAAUUUACAUCAUUUAUUCAACUCAUCCAUCUUUAUCUUACCUACCCGCUGUGUCACGCGCAUAUCGUAUCAAACGGGGAUUCUUCCGAUCGAUCCACCCUUCACCGCAGGCUUGCCAGUCUUGUCUCAUGGUCUUCAUGCAAUAAGUCUCCACUCGUUCUCGUCACCGUCUUUUCUGGUCGUCCCAGCGACUACUAGGUACCUACCAACCCAAACAACAGACCCCACAGGAAGCGUACUUCUAAAGAGCUGUUGCGACACGCUCUUUUUCUUCAAUUCAUUCUUCAUCCACGACAUUAAUCUUGGAAACAUCAUGUCACCGCUCCCCCCUGACCCUUACAAGGCCCUUGGUGUGUCUAAAGAUGCCCAGUUGUCAGAGAUUCGAUCAGCUCACCGGAAGCUUGUGCUGAAAUGCCACCCCGAUAAGAUCCAAGACGCACAACUGAAGGAGGAGAAGCAAAAGGAGUUCCAACAAGUCCAACAGGCUUACGAGUUGCUGAGCAACGAGACCGAGAGGAAUAAAUACGAUGAUCAGGUCAAACUUGAAGAACUGAAGCGGGAAAGUCGCAUGGCAUCUGCUUCGACUUCGUCUCCCCGCCCUACGAGACAUGAGAAGAAAUACUACUCCAACGUGGAUAUUCGCGAUGCUGAGCCACGACCGUCAACCUUUGCCACCUCGCCUGGUUCUCACAAUGUUUACAGCCACACGCCUCCGUCGCGUUCCUGGGACGAGGACAUCUACGCCAAGAGGUUCGACGAAAAGCCUCGCUAUGCGAGAAAGACUCAGAGCUAUGAGUAUGAGAGAGAGAAGCCGUCUAGGAAGGAAGAGGAGCGUCGGAGACGAAAAGAAGACGAGGAAUGGAACCGUGAGAGAGAGAAGGCGAGAAAUAAGGAGGAGAAGAUUAGAGAGGCAGUGAAGGAUCGCGAGCGCGAGCGCGAAAAGGAGGCCAUGCGGGAGAAGGAGAGAGAAUCAGCCAAGAAAGAGAAGGACAGGCGCAAAGACGACCGAAAGGACGAGAAGAAGAGAAGUGAUAAGGAGCGUCGCAAGGAUACAGACGAUAAGCACCGUCGUCACAACAAGACUCCCUAUGUAGAGGGUUACCCCGAGGAAGAAGCCAUCUACACUUCUUCGUCAUCCAAGACCGAAAAGAAGUCGAGCAGCAGCCGGAAGUUUGAGGAUGCGCCACCAGUAGCAGCAGCAGCGCCGCCGCCCCCCCGGGAAACUAGUCGACCUCCGGCUACGGACCGCGAAAGGAAAAAUUCAGAGACUUUGGAGUCUGCAAUUCGCUACUUAAGCAGAUCAGGUGGAAACCCGCCAGCUCUAGGCCGAGCGCAGACGUACCAUGCAGAGUUUAACGUCCGACACAUUACUCCUAUUGCCGUUCCGACGCCACCGCCGGCCGCGAAUGCGGUUUUCACCCCUCCUCCUGUAGCGGAAGAGAGGGAACAUGCAAUGGAUGAUGAUGCGGGAAAGAGAUCUUCAGGGAGACCUCGACGUCCGUCACAUGACACUCCCCGGUCUUCAAAAGAGAAGACCGCGCACAAGAAGACUAGCGCGUCUCGGGAGCCGCUCAUUGUAGAGGCCACAUCUCCGACCCCUUCUCGAGUCAUUCCCACCUUCCACAAGUCUCAUUCGAUUCCCAUUCCCAUACAAUCGGAUCACCAUCGAGUACCUCCUCUCAGCCGGGCGAAUACGGACGGGUUUUCUCGCCCAAUCUCCGGUCUUGCGCGUUCGUCUACGUGGAUGCCAGAGACCGAGCAUGUACGGGAACGGAGCCGUUCUCGCCAUGCUCGUGUAUAUUCAGACGAGUCAUCGGAAGACGAACGUCGCCAUCGUCGAGGGCACCGAACGCAAUCCCCCGAACCUACGAUACAAGCCAAGCGAUACACAGUAGAUUCCAACAGGAGAACUGUCCCAAUCCAAGAGUCAUAUUUCCCAGAGGAUAUGCCAAGGAGCUCCAAGAAAUCAUACCCAGCCCCUAAUAGCUCUGUCCGCCGAUCAGAACCCCGAGCGGCAUACUAUGACGAUUACGAAGAAGCACCGCGUGCGUUCUUCCCGGAUGUGAAGUAUUCGCAACAAUUCGAUGUGAGUGAGGUUAAAUACGCAGACGUAUUGCACUCGUCUCUCCGGGAGGAGGUCUUCUAAUUGUUCCGUGAAGUCCCGCUCCGCGCUGAAGCCUGAGUAAUAUCAUCGACUUCGAAUUCGCCUGGGAUACAUGGCGUAUCAUUGUUCUGCCGGAUAGCAUUUAGCAUAUCGCAUUACACCAUGCUCGCAUCCGUGUAUUUUUCAAGCGCUUUUCAUCAGCUUUUUGUUUCAUCUUCUUUUUUUUGGGGAGGGGGGCUCGAACCCGGCGUUUAAGGGGAGACCAACCUGAGUAAAGAAUUCU